AUGAUUACAGCGGCCGGGGAGGUGGAGGGUGCGCCCGUUGCGGAUGAAGAUCAUUUGCUGGAAGAGAUUGAUCCAGUAGUCGCUGUACCCCAGGACGGCACCUUGGCCAACGACAUUCGGAAAGUGAUCGCGAGAAGGGCUGCGAACAUGGUUGAAUCCUACUUGUCGGGAACGGAGAGAGCUUACUGGCCGUCCCAGAAUCCCCCCGUUCAGUAUGGCACGCCAGUGCAAUAUGGUAAGCAGUUCUCCUGA